AUGGAUACUAGAUGUUGCUCAAGAAAGGGAGGAAGAAUGAGAAACUUACUUGAUAUCAAUUUACUUUCCAAUUUCUGCUGUUGGUAUCAAUCUUACAUGGGAUAUAUAGAUAUAUAUAUGCUAAAGUCAAUACGUUACAUCAUAGAACAUACUUCAUUAUACUCUAGCGAAGCAAGUGUUCUCCUAUUGAGGCAAUUAGAUACGAAUUUCUUGUUAUAA